GCCGGCCGGAGCGUGAAAGUGCGGGCUCCCGGCUUCCGGGUGUGCGUGCGUGCGGGGCGUCCGGAGCGCGGGGCCAUGGAGAAGCUGCGGCGCGUCCUGAGCGGCCAGGACGACGAAGAGCAAGGCCUGACGGCGCAGGUCCUGGACGCCUCGUCCCUUAGCUUCAACACCAGAUUGAAGUGGUUCAUCAUAUGCUUUGUUGCUGGCGUUUUCUGUUCGAUCCUUGGAACUGGUUUGCUGUGGCUUCCCAAUGGCAUAAAACUUUUUGCAGUAUUUUACACCCUUGGAAACCUUGCGGCCCUGGCCAGUACAUGCUUUUUAAUGGGACCUCUGAAGCAGCUGAAGAAAAUGUUUGAAACAACAAGAUUGCUCGCCACAGUUAUCAUGCUUUUGUGCUUUGUGUUCACCCUGUGUGCUGCUCUGUGGUGGCGGAAGAAGGGGCUGGCCUUACUCUUCUGCAUCCUGCAGUUCCUGUCGAUGACUUGGUACAGUCUGUCCUACAUCCCAUAUGCAAGGGAUGCAGUGCUCAAGUGCUGCUCAUCGCUCAUCGGUUGAAGGUUGCGUCUGUGCAGGAGAGGAGCUUGGGGAUGGCGCAGAUGUGUGUGAUGUACAGGGACCACUCCAGAGGCGGCUGCGGUAGCGGCCUCAGACCACACCAUGUACCGGUGAACUGCGUUUAUGUAGCUCUCCGUUCCCUGGCCAUUAACCUGUGCUUCCAGAGAUAAGGAGACCGUAAUCAUCGCCUCUUGUAAAUAAUUUUUACUCAGUUUUUAACCUUUACAGACAGCUUCUGAAAUGUGAAUUUUAAGGUAUAAACCUGUAUUGUAAGAUAUAUAUACUCAUCUCAUUUGGGUUUUUAAAUGGUCUACAAUUUUAAAAGAUUUUUUUUAACUUUAAAAAUGUGAAACUUUAUAUAUAUAUAUAUGCUUAAAAUUACUUACUGCAUAUAAUAAAAAGUAAUAUAUGUAUCUACAGUUUUGAAAUAAACCUGCUCCUGGAAAUGUA